GUGCAUUUGGUGCCAUGGAUAAUUUUCUAGUUCCUAAACUCUCAGCUGGGUUUGCUGGAAGUUCAUCUCAUGAAAGAUCAUCUAAUGCAGCAGAUCAAUCUAAAAUUCUUAAAAAGGAAAGGCAUGUCGUUUGUCCUCCUAUAAAGCACAACUGGUCUAUUCCUGGACAUAAAACUAACAUCAAGCCUCCACAAAUAUUUCAUCAUGAGUUGCUUCAGAAUUUUUCAAUUAACAUGUUUUGCAAGAUUCCUGUGACCAAGGUUCAAACUUUCAGAGACCUGAGAGAUAUUCUGAUGAAAAGGAUAUUUCUGUGUGCCUUGCAUUUUUGUAUUAAUUCAAGAAUUUUUUGA